AUGGCUGUAGUUCAAUUCAUCUUCUCCUUGCUCCUCAUCUCGCUGAUAACCCAAAUCGCGCCAUCAACCUCUGAAACCGAAGCAGCAAAGCAGAGCCUGGUCAAUUUCAUGACGAACCUCUCCGGCGGCAACUUCCCGACCCACAAAUACGGUUGGAACACGACCUCCGACCCCUGUCGCUGGCUCGGCGUCCACUGCGACGGCUCCCAAUCCGUGAUGUCGAUUUCCCUCUCCGGGUUCCGAUUCGCCGGAACACUCGACGCCGCCGGAACCCUCUGCUCCGCCGUCGAAUCGCUCGCCGUCCUGAUCCUGCGAAACAACACCAUUUCCGGCGAAAUCCCUGAAUCGUUGGGUAACUGCACGGGUCUGACCAUCCUGGCUCUGGACGACAACCGGUUCACCGGGUCGAUACCCGGUUCGAUUCUCCGGUUGAGAGACCUGACGACGCUGGAGAUUUCGCACAACGAAAUCUCCGGCGAGAUUCCUGAAGGUCUGGCUGGGAUUCCGAGGCUGGUGUUCUUUCUUGCUGAGAACAACCGUUUAUCCGGCGCGAUUCCGCGGUUUGAUUUCCGGGCAAUGGCCCGGUUCAAUGUUUCGAAUAACGAGCUCGUCGGGCCGAUUCCUGAGGGGACCGGCCGGUUUGGUGCGGAAAGUUUUGGUGGGAAUCCUGGGUUGUGCGGGAAGCCGUUGGAGAAUUCGUGUCCGGGAUGGGCGCCGCCGCCGGCGAGUGAGGUGCCGAGUCCGGCGGAGUCGCCGGAGCAGAAGGGGACGGGGUUUUGUUCUGGAGCAGGGGAGGGAUGGGUUGGGUUGGUUUCAGCAUUGGGUUUCUCGUUUCUUUUGAUUAGAUUUUUCUGA